AUGUUGCAAGUGAGGCAUUUGAGUUUCAGCCUUGGCAUCCAAAAUCUGGGAGUGAAAGGAAGUCUUUUUGAGAUGUACUUGUUCAAGAAGUUAGCUUCAACAUGGCUGAAUGUGACUUACCGUGGCUCGAGACAGACUGAGAGCUGGGAUCAAUGCCUGGUUGAGAUUUUCUCCCCAUCGCAAGGCAUCGAGACGCUUCCUGAAGACAAGACGCGCUUGAGGCCCAUCAGCGCAUUUCAAGGAGGCUAUGACGCAGAAAUUAUGGACCAGGCGGAGGGGAAGGUGAUGUUUGUACAAGUGACGAUGGCGCAGAAGCACUCUUUCAAACUCUCUUUCUUCUCGAAGGCUCUGAAAGUCUUCAAUAUCCCGGAAGAUGGGGCAUGGAAGGUGGAGGUUGGAUUUCUAGUACCGCUGGAGGAGCUUGCAAGGCUUGAGAUCAGCCGCAUCGAAGACAGCGGGGCACUAGAGAAGAACGGGGGGAAGAGAGGAGACGAGGCGAUGCAGGUUGAUGUUGUGGGGGUUUCUAUCAUGCAGUCGGGAGAUCAGAAGUGA